UUGACGUGAUCAAGUGCACAUGAGUACCUGGGUUACUGAUUACAGGUGACCUUAUAAUUGUUUGGUGAUAAGACUCUUGCUUUAAGCACAAAGUCCUACCAGACACAACAAGGCUUCUGCUGUCAUCACAGGACCACUGCUGCCUGUCGGGUUUUUAGGUUUUCAUAUUAUUCUGCAUCUAUUCCAUCAUCAUGAGUGAGUCCAAGAAAACACGUGAAGCUUGCUGCUCCAAGCUCAAGCUCUUCCUGGCCUCUCUGGCCUUUGUGUAUUUUUCCAAAGCCUUUGGUGGAGCCUACAUGAAGAGCUCCAUCACCCAGAUCGAAAGACGCUUUGAUAUUCCCAGUUCCCUGAUUGGGUUUAUAGAUGGCAGCUUCGAAAUGGGCAACCUCUUGGUCAUUGCCUUUGUGAGCUACUUUGGUGCAAAGCUGCACCGCCCCCGGCUGAUCGGUAUCGGCUGUGUGGUCAUGGCUGCUGGAUGUUACCUUAUGGUGCUGCCUCACUUCUUCCAGGGACCGUAUAAAUAUGAGACCAGCAUGUCCCACAGUGCAAGUGUCAACAGCACUGAGACCGUCCUGCCCUGUUUAUCCAACCACAGCGUCACUGAUGCAGACGCUCCUGAUGUUUCAGCCAUAAAGGCUUGUGAGAAAGCAGCUGGUUCAUCCAUGUGGAUUUUGGUUUUCUUGGGAAAUAUGCUUCGAGGAAUCGGAGAAACUCCCAUCAUGCCCCUCGGAGUUUCCUACCUGGACGACUUCUCCAGAGAAGAGAACACUCCUUUCUAUCUGGCCUGCAUCCACACAGUGGGGAUCUUAGGACCCAUGUUUGGCUUCAUGCUCGGGUCUUUUCUCGCUAAGAUCUAUGUGGACAUUGGAUCUGUGGACUUGGACUCCAUCACCAUCACCCAUAAGGACUCCCGCUGGGUGGGAGCCUGGUGGCUGGGCUUCAUUGUCACCGGCACCGUGAUACUGAUGUCCAGCAUCCCCUUCUGGUUCCUGCCCAAGUCCCUGCCCAAACAGGGUAAAGAGGAGAGUCAGAGUAAAAGCACAGAACUGUCCACGAUGGCAGAACAGGAGAACUUUCUACCAGAGGAAACCCAAGAGCCUGAGGAGAAGCCUGUCACGUUCAAGGAGCUGGCCAAAGAUUUCAUUCCAUCUCUGAGGAGGCUCUUCAAGAACAGCAUCUUCUCCCUGAUGGUCCUCACCUACCUGGUGGUCGUAAACGGCUUCAUUGGCAUGAUCACCUUCAAGCCAAAGUUCAUGGAGCAAACCUUCGGGCAGUCGGCCUCCAAAGCCAUUUUUUUGAUAGGUAUUCUGAACCUGCCGGCUGUUGCUCUGGGAAUCAUCACUGGGGGUUUUGUGCUAAAAAAGUUCAAGCUGGGUGUCAUCGGAGCAGCCAGAGUAUCCAUCACUGCUUCUGUCGGGGCCUUUUGUAUGCUCGCCAUUCAGAUUUUCAUCCAGUGUGACAAUGCAGAGGUGGCUGGUCUCACUGUGUCAUAUCAAGGGGCUUCUCAAGUCUCCUACAACCCCCAGACUUUGCUGUCACAGUGCAACAUGGGCUGCUCCUGCUCCAUGAAGCACUGGGACCCAGUGUGCGCCUACAAUGGCAUGACGUACGCCUCGCCCUGCCUGGCUGGCUGUCAGACCUCCACUGGCACCGGCAAGGAAAUGGUGUUCCAUAACUGCACCUGCAUUAGUGAGAUGAAUACCCCACACUCGAACAUGUCUGCAGUGUUGGGUCAGUGCCCCAGGAAGAGCGAUUGUGAAAGCAAAUUUAAAAUCUACAUGGCUUUGUCCGUACUGGGGUCCUUCAUUUCAGCCUGUGGGGGAACACCAGGAUACAUCGUACUGCUCAGGUCCAUACAGCCAGAUCUGAAGUCGCUGGCUCUGGGUAUGCAGACCCUGAUUGUAAGAACUCUGGGUGGGAUCCCUCCUCCAAUAUACUUCGGCGCGCUGAUCGACCGAACCUGUUUGAAGUGGGGCACUAAGCAGUGUGGAGGCCGUGGAGCAUGUCGACUCUAUGACGCCAACGCAUUUAGGAUGACAUUCCUGGGGCUCAUUACUGGACUUUACUGCCUGGGCAACAUGAUGUGGGGAGGACUCUACCUCAGAAUUGUUAAGAGACAGAAGAAGUUGGCACUGAGGAAGCAGGCCAAAGAGAAUGGAGUGGAGGGUAACGGGGUGAGCAAUGGACAUGCCAAAAUCAACAUCCUCAAAAACAAAGAAGACAUGGAUAAGGAGAGUACUAUUUAAGAUGUUUAAGUAAGGUCAUGUCGUUUUGUAAUGCAAAGGACGCCUGCAUACUGUGCUGCUUUUAUACUGGACCAAAUGUGAUAAUGGUACAGUGUCAGCACCCUUUGGUCAUUGAGCAGAAUAUUUUUUAGUUUUUUUUUUUUUUAUAACGCGGUUACAACUAGUUCACUAAGGUAAAAAAAAAACCCAUAAUGCUGUCUUUAAGAUGUGUCAACACGAUACAUGAGCAGAAGCUUGUAGCUGAAUUAUUAUGAUGUGCUAUUAUGAAUCCUUGGACAAGUCAAUGUCCUGAAAAACACAUGACUUGAUUUAACCAUUCAACUUUUUUUUUUUUUUUUUACCAGCACUAGUCCAGAUAAUGGUAAUGUCUCACCCACAGCUUUUUGAGGGAUUUUUUUUUUUUUUUUUAGUGCAGUAACAGUGUUUUAUCCAAUACAAGACGACUACAAUGUUUGUUGCCUUACAGGUGGUAGUAACAUGAAGUAUUAUUCUGGUGGCUGGUAAUGAGUUUCAGAAAUUAUUUUUAUUUUUUGGUGGAACUGUUAAACCUGCUUGCACUAACCCGGUGCCAAAUAGGAGUAACUUAAAAGGACUGUCAUUUUGGGGAAUGUAAGAAACGAGGUAAAAUGGGUAGCUUGGCUGUAUCCAAAGGUAACAAUCCUUCUACCAAAUGUCACAUGAUAAAUGCAAAAGCUUGUUCAAAUUUAAACCUCUGUGACCUGGCUAUAUUAAAGUCUUGGGCUAGGCAAGCUGAGAAAUAUUAGUCAUUUGCACAUACAAGUUUCUUAAACUUAGGAAAAAAAUUAAGCUGAUCAAAUAGUCCCAUUGACUUUAUACUUUAGGUUUAAGCGUUGUCUAUUUAGUCACAGCAACAAGCCAUUUAAGUUAUUGGAGCCUAAAUUCUAACUUUAACUAAGCCCAAUUCAUUAUUUUAUUUAGCUGUACAAGCAUAGUAAUAGUUAACCCAUCUUACUGAAUUCACUCAUGUUUACACGUCAGCCAAAUUUCCAUUUCAGGAAUACUUUCUUACUUUAGACUGUUAAGUUCAUCCAAGAAUGUAUCUGCAACAUUGCUUACAGGUGACUGCUCACUCUGCAUGGAGGGCAUUUUCUGUCAUGGUGGCUCAUUGCUAGCUAAGUCCCUAUGUUUUAAACCACAAGUGCCAAAAACAACCCCUUCAAACCAGACCAAUUAAAAUGACAAUAACUCAACAUUUCUCAGUUUGGGCUUUAAGAUUAACAUUAAUGGUUUGUUGACACUGAGUUGUCCAAAAUCUGAGUGUCCUAGUCACUGCAGCGUUAAUCACCCCGAACAAACUGCAGUUUUCCAUUUUGAUAAAACGGUAGGUGGUGCCACCUGGUGGCGGAACCAGGCACUACAGCUAAAGAAGGAAAUUAGCUGAACUGACUUGGGAAAACAAGCUAAGAUAUAUUAAUUGCCUGAAAAUGAACAAUGUGUGUAAGGUGCAGGAGUUUUCUUUACAGGGUGAAUUUAUGAUGCAUAAUAGAAAUUUCUGGUUAUCAAAUGAUCGGUAAUGAAAAAGAAUUGAAUAGACUUAGCAGAUAUUGCCUUUGCUGUAUGUAGACCGAUUGUGCCUAUGCUUAGUCAUCCCUAAAGGUUUAUUCUGAGGCAAGAAAAAAACUAAUCUAAAAUGACAUGAUUCACUAUGUGGUAGAGAUUUUAGAUUUGGUUCCCCCUUGUUCUCAGUUGGGUAACUAGCAGCUGCCAGUGCCUUCCACCAAAUCAAACCUUACUGUAUGAUGUUACUGUUGAUGUGGCCUGACUUACUAUUUUAUGUUCUCAACCGGUGAAGGGGAUCUCGGUGUGUUUUAAAAUGUGAAUCAAAUCUGUGAAUAACCUGGUGGAAGUAUUUUAUAGCCUUUUUUUUAAAAAAUCUGAUUUUACUAGCAUCUCAAACUGAGAAGAUUUUCUUGCCUUUCAGACAGUGCUUUACACAUGAUGCUUUUGUUUUCCUCCGUUUCUGUGAGUUGCAUUUAACAGACAGGUAACCUUUAUUCCGACUGUAGCCAUGUGUUCUGCAACAUUUGACACAUCUAGAUAUCUCGUCCUGUCCAGCAUUGCACAUGUUUGUUACAUCACAUUAGGCAAACUCCACAGGUCAUGAGUGUUGGCAUUCUCUGAACCCACCAGUGUUUGUCUGGAAAGGUUCACUGUUUGCCUGUGGACUAUUAGUGAGUGAAAUGUCAUUACUUUUUCUUUUUAUUUGACUCUUACAGUGACUAAAUGUGUCAAACAACUUCUGUUAAAUUGUUCAAUGUAUUUCUAUUUUGUCCAUAUUUUUGUCACUUCUGAACUUUUUUUUUUUUUACAAUUUUGAUUGUACAUGCAUAACUGUAGGCAUUAAAGGCAAAUUUUCUCAA